AUGUCCGUCUCUGCACGGAGCGGCGCCUUGCCCCGCUCCAUCUUGUCAGCAUGCCCCGCUCGCCUGCUGCCAUCAUCUCCACCUCGCCAUCGCGACCUCGACAAGCGCUGCGCAUGUCUCGCUAUCAGGACCGCUGCCACGACGACACGGCAGCAUGCCCAGGCAGCUCCACAAAUCAAGUACAAGCAGCUACCGCCGGCUCAACCCGCGUGGUCAUGGAGCGAUGACGACUUGCGAGAUGGUAUUCGCAAUGCUCGGCAGAGGAGAGCAGCAUUGACUACAGAGGAUCAACAUCGCCUGGUGCAGCUCAAACAGCGACUUGUACAUGUCAACCAGCGUCUGGCUGCUGCGAGGGAUGCGCAAAAGUCGUCGAGCCAGCGCACAAGAGCAGAUCAGGUGGACGCUCUGUCUGAUCAGAGCAGCGCAGCAACGGCAAAUCAGAAGGAAGCAAAGGUAGAGUAUCAGAGGUUGUUGAAAGAGCAAGAAGCUGUGACGGCAGAGGCGCGCAUGCUUCGGCUCAAACUGCCCAAUCGAACAGCAGCUCACGUGCUGCAACAGUUGGGCAUUGCUGGAGAUGGAGAUGGAGAUGGAGAUCUGGACGUGGAGGUGUCACCAAAGGCAUUCAGAUAUGGCGGCGACAUUGCAAGCGUUCCCGAACCUGACUUGCAUGGUGCGGGCAAUGCCAUGCCUGAAUACGAUCACGUCAACCUUUUGCACCAGCAUUCUCCUGGCUCUAUGCUGCACCCGUCCGCCUUGCCCCAGCAGGUCGCUGCUUCCGGCUUUCCCCAUCUCGGCUCUCAUCUCGCCAUCCUCUCUCACGCCAUCGAACGCCUCUCUCUUAGCAUUGCCAUUGCAGAAGGUGCCCGAAUGCGCGUCGUCCCAGACGUGAUCCCAACAGAGUUGCUGGAGCGCAGCGGCUUUGCGCCUCGGCAAGCCGAUGCCGCGCAGAUAUACACCCUAGUGGCCGCUGGCGAGGCGUUGCCGUUGGCCUUGGCUGCCACAGCGGAGCUGCCUUUGCUUGGUCUCCAUGCGGCCAGGCAGUACUCCACCAAGCAGCUGCCAAUCUUCGAAGUGGCUUCCGGACACGCUUUCAGAGCCGAAGCUGGCUCUCGAGGCAAAGCGACCAGGGGACUUUUUCGAGUGCAUCAAUUCUCAAAAGCCGAGCUGUUUGUCGUGUGCACGCCCGAUCACAGCGAAGCUUGGCUGGACAGGCUACUAGCUAUUCAGCUACGCGUUCUAGAUGCACUGCAACUGACGUGGAGGUGAGUCGAGGGGGGGAGGGACAGAGAUGCCGCACGGAUUUUGAACGCCUUUUCCUCGCCAACAGGGCGCUUCACAUGCCACCACACGAGCUGGGUGCGAGCGCAUAUCAGAAGAUCGACGUCGAAGUAUACAUGCGAGGCAGAGGAGAUUGGGGCGAGGUUUGCUCCGCAUCCAAUUGCACCGACUAUCAGGCUCGCCGUCUGUCCAUCAAAUACAAAUCAGCUGCAGCCGAUGCUAGCUCUCCGGAGUAUGCUCAUACGCUCAACGCUACUGCAGCUGCCAUACCACGUUUACUCGUGGCCCUCGUCGAGCAGCAUGGCUUCCGAGAUGGCAAGAUGCUGCUUCCAAGCGCAUUGAAGGAGCAUUGGCUUGGCGAUCAGGAUGAGGUGCACUGGCUUGUGGAUGCAGAGACGACAAGUGCCUCCAGAGUCGCAAAUCGCUCUGUGGACGCACCCCAAAGCACCCCAGGAUCUGUCCGUACAUUUUCCACGAAAGUUCCUCAGAAAGGCACGGCUUCUCCGCCUCCCCCACCGCCAUCCUCCUCCUCGCCCUCGCGCCCUCCUCCGCCUUCGCAGCCGGCCAGCUCGAUCCUUGCUCGAAGCAUAGCUCGCGUCCGCGAAGCUGCAGCAAGAAGCGGGACAGACCCAGGUAGCAUGGUCAUCAGCUUCUUGAUACUGCACGAGCUUAGCGCGAUCAUACCUCUGUUGAUCAUCUUUUGGGUCCUCUCCUUCUUUGGGGCAGGAAAGACGGUCCUUGAUUGGCUCUUACCAGCCAACGCAGUGGGGGCGACCGUUGUAGAAGACGCCGGCCCCGCUUCAAAUGGAGUACGGGACCGUCUUCGCGCUUGGGUCGAUGAAGGGACACGCCGGGCAGAAAAGUAUGGGCGCAGGAAAGGCUGGUUCGGCUUUGAAAAGGGCAGCGAGGCAACAGGGGAAGGUGUGAAUGGUACAGUCCUCGUAGGAGGAUUCGCAAAUGCCGUGGCAGCCUACGCGAUCGUAAAGGUGCGUUUGCUAUCAGAGAUGAGUCGAUGCAGAAAGUUUGCGAGGCUAUCUUCAGUGCUUAGACAAGUUUUGGUCAUGUUUGCAGGCGAUCGUCCCUCUACGUAUUGCGGCGUGUAUAUGGCUUGCCGGUCCCUUUGCAAGGCUGACCAUAGAGCCUCUCAAGCGACUUGGCAGGCAGCUGGGAACCAAAGCUGGCUCACGCAAAUGA